AUGUUAGAUGCUGGUAGUGCUAAAUGUGAACUAAUUCCUGCACAGAAAAGUGAUUGUGAUAAAAAUGAUGAUGAUUAUGAUGCUGAUGAUGUUGGAGAAGAAUUAAAUCGUUUUAACGUACACGAUGCCAAACUUAUAUGUCCUAAAUUCUGUAAUUUAUGCCUACUAGUUGAUGGUAACUGGGCGAAUUGGUCGGGGUGGUCAGAGUGUGAUGUCACGUGUGGUAAUGGUAAGCAUACUAGAUUCAGGACAUGCACAAAUCCAGCACCGGCCUACCAAGGUUUGGAAUGUGAAGGAGAAAAGACCGACGCAAAAACCUGUCAACGACAAUCUUGUCCAGUUCAUGGUGGAUGGACAGUUUGGUCUAAGUGGAAUGCAUGUCCGGUUACUUGUGGGUUAGGCAUGCAGAAGCGUUACAGGAACUGUUCAGAUCCAUACCCUUUACGGAAUGGAAAUCAUUGUUUUGGAGACGCUGACGAAUAUAGAAUUUGUUUCCAACAAUUUUGUGAAGGUAUGUUUAAUCAAGCAGAAAUACUAUAUAGGCAUUCUACAGAUCCAAAUUUUGAUCUUGAUCCUAAAAUUGAUCCUCAUGUUGAUCCGAUUAUUUCUGGCUAUGAGUCCUCAGGUCUAAAACUUGUAACAUGCAACAAAAAUUCGGGUUGGACUGAAAUUCCAUCAUGCAACAAAGUUUCUUGUGGAAAUCCGGUUGCACCGUCAAACGGAAAACUUGCUUUCAUUAGUGGGGUCACCUUCCAAGCAUUCGCAAUCUUUGAGUGUUGUGAUACAUGCAGAACCUCUGGAAAUUAUGUCUCAACAUGUUUAGAUGAUGGAACAUGGUCAAGCUCCUUGAAAUGUAUAGCACCUGUAUCAACGUGUACGAAGAAACCGACCUACAAUGAAACCUUCAAAAACGUUGCGUUCGGCAAAAAGGUCACACUAUCAUCAACGUACUCUUCUACAUACAACGCCCCAAAAAUGGUAGAUGGUAACUUUGACAGAAAUAAUAUCGCAAUAACACAACAUCAGAAAGAUCCAUUUGCAGUAGUUGAUCUAGAACAUUCAUAUACAAUACACUCUAUCUAUAUAUACAACCGUAAAGACUACGCAUACAGACUUAAGAACGUCAUCGUCCAAGUCGAGGACAAGCUCUCCACGUUUAUAACAGUUGCUACUCAUAAGACGGUCAUAGGUGUAGACUGCACAUUCCGAUUUGAGAACCCAGUUAGAGGUCGUUACUUAAAGAUAAUGCUAGAAACAAACGGCGAGUAUCUGCAAAUCACAGAGCUUGAAGUGUACAGUGACACAAAAAUCUGAAAUGAAAGUAUACUUUUGUGUAUCUACUUUUAUCAGUAGGUAGUCAUUGCUAUAAAGUCGGAAAACAAUUAUGCCAUAUAACACUUUAAUAAGAUUAUGCUUUUUCAAUAAUAACUCUCUGAAUAUAAUUUUUAAUUGGUGUUGUAAAUUUAUUAAUUGCAUUCUUCUACAUAUGUUCUUAUAUGAUUGAACUCUAUUUUCAACCAAUGAGCGUAUGUCUACGUUCUUUCCAGUUUGAACAUACAUUAUAAAUAAUAGAUUACUUUGUACUAUAAUUGUUUUAUCUAUUAAAAUAUGUUAACGUGUCUGCUACAAAUAUUUCUUUUAUGUGUUAUUUUUUUUUCAAAUAAAAAUUCGUUCAAAAACUCAAGACUUUCAACAGCCAAUUCACUUAUCUCAAAAACAGUCUCCAUUCCCGAUUGUUCCAAACAAAUGUCACAAGAAAAACAUUCUAUACAAUGUCAGUUUCCUUCUUUACGUUCAAAAUGGAAUGAAAAUAAUAAAGAAGCAUUUGUUAAUAAUACAGAUAUACAACGGGUUAAUAAAAUCAAAACAGCACCCGAUACUCCGUCAGGGUGUGAUGUUAAUUCAUCUAUUCUAAAUAGUCUUGGCGACGAGAUGCAUUAUUUACUAGAAAGUCCUUUCUCAACGGAAAAAGGUCAAGUCUUAUCCCAAAAAAGAUUUUAUCAAAGGCUUAAUAUUGUCCAAUAAAAGUUAAGCUCUUCUAUCAUGUACGUCCGGAACUACUUUAAUAAAUCUUGCAUAUUUUGUAAAACGCUUGAUUGAACAUUUCAGAAGUGUAAUUUAAAUUCAUUCUUUUCAAUUGUAAACAUGCGAAUAUAGUCGUCGUUCGAGUUUUUUUCAUUAAUGAAAUAACAGUGCGAAGCAAAGUCAGGAUUUUUACGAUUGUGUUUUAAUAAUAUUAUUUCAAAGGAUAUUUUUGCAAUACUUUUUUCAAAAUAUAUAUUUGGUAAAACUGUCCUAAGAUGUUUGAAUAUUCUGUUUUAGUAGAUAUUGAUUUUAAGUUAGGCAUAACGGUUAUUUAUUUCUUAGCAGAAUUGUUAACUAUCAUCAUUGAUAAGGUGCAAACUUUCAGUUUGAAGGUAGUGGGUUCGGAUGCAGCUGAAACUUUUACUACUUUUUAUUUCAUUUUCUUUAAUUUUGUAAAACUUGUUCACUAGAGAAUGUUUAGUACAUGGAAAUCGCUCAUUGCAUAAUUUUAUCACAAUUAUUCAAAUAUCAUAAAAAAUGAAAAAGCAAAUAAUAUAUUUAAAACAUUUUAUGUUAAGAUAAAUUGUUCAAUGUCUAUGUCUAUUAAAAAGCUAAAAAACA